AGCACAAGCAGAAAUACAAGGAACACGUUAUCCAGGGGUUCCUCCAGUACAAAGAAGUGAACUCGUGUCCUGGAGAGAACCUGUCCCUCAGGAGCCACUACACCACCCUGACCAUCGCCAGGAAGCCUCGGAGCAAGCACGGAGCUUUGGACGUCACCCAUGGAUGCACUAACACCAGCAAUGGACCAGCCACCAUCACCACACAGACACUGUUUAACCCCAGUGAAGAUGGGCACACGCCACAGGUUGUGGUGCUGGUGGGAGCCCCAGGGAUGGGGAAGACGAUGAUGGUGAGGAAGGUGAUGGUGGAGUGGGUGGAAGGGACCAUCUACACACAGUUUGACUACAUCUUCUGCAUAGACUGCAGAGACAUCGCCCUUCCCAAGGAGGCGAGCUUGGCAGACCUGGUUUCCAAGUGCUGCCCUCACAGGAGAGUGCCGGUUGGGAAGAUCCUGGAGGACCAGAAGAAGAUCCUGUUCAUUCUUGAUGGCUUCGAGGCCCUGGGAUUUGCCUUGGUGCAGCCUGAAGAUGAGCUGAGCUCUGACCCCAGGACAGUGAAGCCGCUGGAAACCACCCUGAUGAGCUUGUUGAAGAAGACUCUUCUCCCUGAGUCCUCCUUGCUCAUCACCACGAGGCCGACGGCUCUUCAGAGCCUGGGGCAGUGCCUGGAGGGGGAGGAUUACAUGGAAAUAGUGGGAUUUUCCGGAGCCACGAGGGAGGAAUAUUUCCACAGGUACUUUGGGAACAACCACAAAGCACACGCGGCCUUUGGAUUUGCGAGAGCCAACGAGAUCCUCUACAGCUUGUGUGUCAUCCCCGUCAUGAGCUGGACCAUCUGCACCAUCCUGAAACAAGAGCUUCACAAGGAGAGAAACCUCAUGGAGUGCUCUAAAGCCACCACGUGGAUGGGUGUGUUUUACCUCUCCUGGUUAGUGAAGCGCAGAGGCAGGGACAACCCACAGGACCUCCAGCAGUUCCUACUCAAGCUUUGCUCCUUGGCUGCUGAUGGCAUCUGGAAGCACAAGGUCCUCUUUGAGGAGAAGGAAAUCAAGGACCGUGGCUUGGAUCAGCCAGACCUUCUGCCCCUCUUCCUCAAUGAGAAGAUCCCAAAGAAAGGUGUGGACCAUGGGAACAUCUACAGCUUCACCCACCUGCACCUCCAGGAGUUCUUUGCAGCGAUGUUUUACGUUCUGGAGGAUGAUGGGGAGAUGGUUGGUGACUCGGGGGCUAUCACAAGGGACAUAAAUGUGUUAUUAGAAAGCUACAGCGAGUCCAGGGAGGACUUGAACGUAACAGUGAGGUUCCUGUUUGGUUUGGUGAGCCAGGAAUCCAUCGAGUACAUGGACAACAUCAUCGGGUGCAGAACUUCAGCACGAGUCAAGGAAGACCUGCUGAGGUGGCUUGAGGAGAGGCACAAAGGCACCUCCCCGCCCGGCCAAGGGAUGAAGCUUUCCCAGCUGGACACGUUCCACUUUUUGUUUGAGAUGAAUGAGAAAAGCUUCACGCAAAGAGCGUUGGGUGGUGUCACCGACAUGGACCUGCAGGACUUGAAGCUGAGCCUGUACGACCAGAUGGCUCUUUCCUUCUGCAUCAGGCAGUGGCCUGGGCUGGGCUCUGUCACCCUCCGGGGAUGCUCCUUCCACCAGCAGGACCCUGGGGAGGAGGUGGCGGCGGCGGGGCCUCG